GGUAAACAGUGGCGUCACGUGACGCGGCCCCGCUCCAGCUCCCGCGCCGCUGCUGCCGCCGCCGCCGCUGCCGCACGCCGAUGGCUGCGGGCUCUCGCGGCGCCGCACAGACUCCACGAGGCGAGCGACCCCCGGGCUCAGGGAAGCAGCGACUGCAGCUCGGUCGGGGAGGGCGGAGCGCAGGUCGACCGUAGUGUCGUCACCGCGGCGGCGCGGGCCGGGGAGCCCCGAGCCGAGGCAGCAACGCCGACGCCCUGCGCGCACCCCCUCCGCGGCCCCCUCCUCCGCGGCCCCGCGGCCUCCAUCUUCCUCUGGCUGCCGGUGGCAGCGCUCGUCUGCGGAGCGGGAUCCAACCUGGAGAAUGAAGUCUGUGAGGAUUUUAGUACAAGUCAAAAUGUCUUAGAGGACUCGCUGAAGAACAUGCUCAGCGAUAAGGAUCCUAUGCUAGGAUCUGCAAGUAACCAGUUCUGUUUGCCUGUUUUGGAUAGCAAUGAUCCCAAUUUCCAGAUGCCUUGUUCAACAGUUGUUGGUCUUGACGAUAUUAUGGAUGAAGGAGUUGUUAAAGAAAGUGGUAAUGAUACCAUUGAUGAAGAAGAAUUGAUUUUACCUAACAGGAGUUUGAGGGACAGAGUAGAAGACAAUUCAGUAAGAUCACCAAGAAAAUCACCUCGUUUAAUGGCACAAGAACAAGUAAGAAGUUUGCGACAAAGCACUAUUGCCAAGCGUUCAAAUGCAGCACCUCUAAGCACAAAAAAACCAUCUGGGAAGACUUUAUCUACCUCUAAAGUAGGGGUGAAACCACCAGAAAGAUGUCAGGGUAAAGAAGAAGUUUAUGCAUCACUGAAAUCUGAACACUCUAAGGAGAGUAGAAGGAGUGGCCAGCAUGCUGAACAGAUGGAUGUGGUGCCAGAAGUUUCAGCAUCUUCAGUUGAUUCUUCAGUGUCAUCUUGUGUUGGAAUGAAGGAGGAAGCUGAGUUCGAUCCCAAGCAUGCAUGUAAUAACCAGGGUGCAGUGAAUGUGCCGUCUCCUGAGUUAAAUUGUCCACUUCUCUCAGAGACUAGUGCUAGCAUGGAAGAGAAGAACACUGACGCUCUGAUGGAAUGUAAAACUAAGGCUAACAGUAGCCCAUUAUUUAAGUUUUCAGUUAGGGAAGAUGAGCAGAGUGAUAUUGUUUCAGGUGAACUGGAUGACACAAUUGAAGGAAGGAGUGCAGGGGGCAAUCCUGAGCAAGAAUCAGAGGAGGUGAAGUUCCCCUGCGAAGAUGACCAGAUGGCUGAGCAACCUCACUCUUCAGAUGUGUCUAGUGACUCUGCUUGUACCGAUAAAAAUAAGACAGAAAAUGAAGGGGCGAAAUGUCAUUUGGAAUUGAAGAAUGCUGUGGAUAUUAUUGAUAAACCUGAGAACUCUCCUCAGAGAAAUAAGUUGGAAACACUGGGCUAUGGUGAGGACACAGAGUCUAACAAUGCUCAGUUACAGAGCACAGAGUUUAGUAAGUCAGAUUUGGAGGAAGUUGACACUUGUGCUUUUGAACCAGAAGCUAGUACUUUAGAAAAUACUAUUUGUGAUGUUCCUGACCAAAAUUCAAAGCAAUUGAAUAUUACUCAAAGUAUUAAAAUGGAAACAGCAACUCUUCAGGAUGAUAGAAGCAGCUUAGAGCCUAAAAACAUAAAAUCCAAACACAUAAAAUCUGUAACUCAUUCUAAACAAAACAUGACCACAGAGACACCCAGAAAAACUGUGGCAGCAAAGCAUGAAGUAGGUCAUAGCAAAACUAAAUCUAAUGUCAAGGCUGUGAAGCGGAAUUCUGAUGAACCAGAACCCCAGCCUGAUGUUCAGAGGCCAGUCAAAAUGAGAAAAAAACAAGCUGAUAAGGAUUUGAAGAGUCAGAGUUGUAAUUCUGGAGUUAAAUCUAUGAAAAGCCAGGCUCAUUCUGUAUUGAAAAAAAUACCCCAGGAUCAAAACGCAAUGCAAAUUUCCAAACCUUUAACUCAUUCUCUUAGUGAUAAGCUUCAUGGUCACUCUGGCUUAUCUAAGGAGCCUCCUCAUCCUGUACAAACUGGACACUUAGUGCAUUCCAAUCAGAAACAGAGCCAUAAGCCUCAGCAACAGGUAGCAGUGGUGAAGGUCAGUAGCCAUGUGAAGGAUGAGCAUGUACAUCCAGGCAGUGAGCAUCUAAAAGAGGAGGAUAAGGUGAAGCCAAAAAAACCUGAUAGGAACCUACAGCCUCGCCAAAGGAGAAGCAGCAGAAGUUUUUCUCUGGAUGAGCCUCCAUUGUUCAUCCCGGACAACAUUGCUACUGUAAAAAAAGAAGGGUCAGAUCAGACCACCUCACUUGAAAGCAAAUAUAUGUGGACUCCCAGCAAGCAAUGUGGGUUUUGCAAAAAACCACAUGGCAACAGGUUUAUGGUCGGCUGUGGGAGGUGUGAUGACUGGUUUCAUGGAGACUGUGUUGGAUUAAGUCUUUCUCAAGCACAGCAAAUGGGAGAGGAAGACAAAGAAUAUGUUUGCGUAAGAUGCUGUGCUGAAGAAGAUAAAAAGAGUGACGUACUAGACACAGAGAUUUUUGAAGCCCAACCCCCCAUCGAAGCCCACAGUGAAGAUAAAAGGAUGGAGUGUGGAAAGCUGACGACGUCAUCGAAGCACUCGGUCACUGACGAUAAACACAGACACUCAGAUGACCCCGGGAAGCACAAGGUCAAAAUUUUGAAACGGGAGUCUGGUGAGGGAAAAGCUUCCUCUGACAGUAGAGAUAAUGAAAUUAAGAAAUGGCAGCUAGCCCCUCUCCGCAAGUUGGGCCAACCACUUUUACCUCGGAGAUCAUCAGAAGAAAAAAACGAAAAAAUAACAAAGGAAUCUGCGGCUCUCACCUGCGCAGGAGAGAGAGCGGGGAGAUCAGGUACUCAUGAGAAGCAAGAGUCAAAAAAGAAGAAAGUUGAGAAGGGUGGAUCGAGUGUGCACCCGCCUGCCGCGGCCUCCAAGCCUUCUGCAGAUCAGAUCAGACAGAGCGUACGGCAUUCUCUCAAAGAUAUUCUUAUGAAAAGACUUACAGACUCAAACUUGAAGAUCCCAGAGGAGAAGGCAGCAAAGGUUGCCACAAAAAUUGAAAAAGAACUUUUCUCUUUUUUUCGGGACACGGAUGCCAAGUAUAAGAAUAAAUAUAGAAGCUUGAUGUUUAAUCUAAAAGAUCCUAAAAAUAAUAUAUUAUUUAAGAAAGUUCUGAAAGGAGAAGUAACCCCUGAUCAUCUUAUACGAAUGAGUCCAGAAGAACUGGCCUCCAAAGAGUUAGCCGCGUGGAGACGAAGGGAGAACAGACACACCAUAGAGAUGAUCGAGAAGGAGCAGAGAGAAGUGGAAAGACGACCAAUCACGAAAAUAACUCACAAAGGUGAGAUAGAAAUCGAGAGUGAUGCCCCGAUGAAGGAGCAGGAAGCAGCCAUGGAGAUCCAGGAGCCUUCAGCCAAUAAAUCACUGGAGAAGUCAGAAGCCUCUGAGAAACAAAAAGAAGAGGUUGACUCCACGUCUAAAGACACCACUAGUCAGCACAGACAGCAUCUGUUCGACCUGAACUGCAAAAUAUGCAUAGGUCGAAUGGCACCACCUGUAGAUGAUCUUUCUCCAAAAACCGUGAAAGUUGUUGUAGGAGGAGUCCGUAAGCAUUCAGACAACGAAGCAGAAAAUCUAGCAGAUGCAUUGUCUUCAACUACAAAUAUUCUGGCCUCUGAUUUCUUUGAGGAGGAAAAACAAGAGUCUCCCAAGUCAACAUUUUCUCCCGCUCCACGUCCAGAGAUGCCUGGAACUGUGGAAGUUGAGUCAACCUUCCUGGCACGAUUGAACUUCAUCUGGAAAGGUUUUAUCAAUAUGCCAUCUGUGGCAAAGUUUGUUACCAAAGCCUACCCCGUGUCUGGAUCCCCUGAGUACUUGACAGAGGACCUACCAGAUAGCAUUCAAGUAGGUGGCAGGAUAUCACCUCAGACAGUUUGGGAUUAUGUGGAAAAAAUAAAAGCAUCAGGCACCAAGGAAAUCUGUGUGGUUCGCUUCACACCAGUAACUGAAGAAGAUCAGAUUUCUUACACAUUGCUCUUUGCGUACUUCAGUAGCAGAAAGCGCUAUGGCGUAGCUGCUAACAACAUGAAGCAGGUUAAAGACAUGUACCUUAUUCCCUUGGGCGCUGCAGAUAAAAUCCCACACCCUCUUGUGCCUUUUGAUGGACCUGGACUUGAGCUGCACAGACCUAAUCUGUUGUUGGGCCUGAUCAUUCGUCAGAGACUGAAGCGGCAGCACAGUGCUAGUGCAGGCCCCAGUCACACAUCUGAGACACCUGAGAGCGCCCCAACUACCGUGCCCCCCGACAAGAAAGGUAAAAUGGACUCAUCCACAGAGGAAGCAGCAGAGGAAGAAAGUGACUUUUUCAAUUCUUUUACAACUGUGUUACACAAGCAGAGAAACAAGCCCCCGCAGCCCCUUCAGGAAGACCUGCCAACAGCAGCUGAACCUCUGAUGGAAGUCACCAAGCAGGAGCCACCCAAACCCUUAAGGUUCCUUCCUGGGGUCCUAAUUGGCUGGGACAAUCAACCUUCUACUCUGGAACUAGCAAAUAAACCCCUUCCUGUGGAUGACAUCCUCCAAAGCCUCUUGGGCGCCACUGGUCAAGGAUUUGAGCAGGCUCAGCCAGCCGGAGAGCAAAGCACUCUCAACGAAAUCCCUUUUAUGAAUGACCAAGCUAACCCAAAAGUACAGAAGACAGAGAAAGGGGAGGUGACUGAAGGUGAAGCCAAGGAGAUAAAAGUUAAAGCAGAAAAUAUUUCAGCGUCUACAGGUCAAAACUCAGGAGUAGAAGAAACUUUAUUGGUGGGUUCCUCUUCCAUUUCUCCAGGGCCUUUGGCAAGUCUCAGUCUGAGAGGGAAACCACCAGAUGUUUCUACAGAAGCAUUCUUAACAAAUUUAUCAAUUCCCUCAAAACAAGAGGAAACUGGGGAAAACAAAGAGGGAACAUUAAAAAGACCCCUGCUCCAAGAUCAAGAGAAUAGUUCGCAAGAUAAUAGAACGUCAAGUAACUCUCCCUGCUGGCCUAGCACUGGAAAGGGAAGCAUAGAUGGUAAUGGGAGCUGCAAUGAGAGUCUUGUUCCUAACACAAGAGCCCCACAGUUUAUCAACCUGAAAAGGGACCCUAGGCAAGCAGCAGGACGGAGUCAGCAGACAGCUCCCGAAAGCAAGGAUGCAGAGAGCUGUAGAAAUGGAGACAAGCACGCUGUGUCUGCUCCAUCGCACAACACAGAGCCCAUAGCAGAGCCCCUCAGUGGAGAUGGAAAGCUGUCUUGGCUGGAGAAGAGCUCAUGUGGAGAGCAGAAUGAUGACUCAGAGGCUGCGCCAGACUCCUCCUCAGCAGAAAACGUCAAUUCCUCACAAGCAGAGCAAGCCGAUCCUUCACAAGAG